CUGAGGUCAGCAUAACAUGCACAUGUUGCGUGUAACAUCAUCUCAAACAGGUUAGUGCACAUCAACGAGGCAGGCGCGAGGAUGACCAUAUGCCUCAGCCUUGGACCUCAAAUCCCCAAAUCACAAAAUGGCAUCCUCUCCAACCCAAACAAACCGCAAACACUUCAUCCCCCUAGAAUCCAACCCAGACGUCUUCACAGAACUAGUCCACAAGCUGGGCCUCGCACCGUCUGUGUAUUUCCAAGACGUGCUUUCGCUCGACGACCCGGAGUUGCUGGCGUUCGUUCCGCGACCAGCUCAUGCUCUGAUUCUGGUAUUCCCUACGACGGAAGCGUAUGAGAAGAGGGUUAGGGAUGAGGACGGGGGGGUUGAGGAAUACGAAGAAGAUGGUGUGGUGUUUUUUAGACAGACGAUUAAUAAUGCGUGUGGGCUCUAUGCGAUUUUGAAUGCUGUUUGCAAUGGGGAGGUGAAAGGGCAGAUUCGACUCGACUCUGUUUUGGGCAACCUCUUGUCGACCUGCAUACCACUCAAGACAGAGGAGUGUGCUCGUGUGCUGGAGGACAGUCAAGAUUUGGAGCAUGCAUAUGCUGAAGUUGCGAGGAAGGGUGAUACAGAGGCGCCGGUCAAUCCUGAGGACGAGGUCGAUUUUCACUACGUUGCCUUUGUCAAAUCAGACGCGAACAGCCAUCUGUAUCAACUCGAUGGCGACCGCAAGCGACCGAUUGAUCUAGGCCUGCUGGAUGCAGAUGCAGAUGCCCUGUCUGACAAAUGUCUGGAUGUGAUCCGGCGCAUGAUUACAGGGGAGCGUGGAAAUUUGAACUUCAGCCUGAUGGCAUUGGUGUCGGAUCAAGCAUAAUCAUAAUAUCAAACAAGAAUGUAGGUAACCAAGGAGUCACACCCUUCGUAGAAAGAUCUCGAAAGAGCGAGGCAGCGUGAACUAUG